UCUUCCUCGUUCCAGCACUUGAGCGUUUAAAAAAUGAGAUAAGGUGAUAAAAGAAAAAUCUGAAUUCUGAAGUGGUUGGUUACACUUGACACAGUUAACAUAGCAUUGUACUUAGACUCUAAUGGCCGCAUCUCUAUCUUCUGUUAUCCAUAUCUACUUUGUUGACACUAAAACAACACGAACAAGAUUUAGUAUCACAACUCCAACCCUAAAAAAUCACAGAAGAUUUAUCACCAGUUGUUCCAAAUCAAAAUCAUCCAUUCCAGAUGACCAAAAAAACUCUUCUUUAUCCGAACAACUCGUUUCUCUUUCCAAUACAACCUUAUCCACUCACCCAGAAGACCAAGCCCAUGUUUUUUCAAAGCCAAAACCCACAUGGAUCAACCCCACUAAGGCUAAGCGUCCUGUGCUCUCUCACCAGAGACACAAACGCUCUUCUGUAUCAUACAAUCCACAUUUGAGAGAAUUUCAACGUUUUGCUUCAAAAUUGAACAAUUGUGAUGUCUCUUCCGAAGCCGAUUUCGUUGCUUGUUUGGAAGAAAUUCCGAGUUCCCUUACAAGAGAAAAUGCUCUCUUGGUGCUCAAUAAUUUGAAGCCAUGGCAGAAGACUUACAAAUUUCUUGAUUGGGUCAAGACCAAUAAUUUGCUUCCUAUGGAAACCAUAUUCUACAAUGUUACAAUGAAGGCUUUGAGGUUUGGGAGACAGUUUGGGAUAAUUGAAGAGCUUGCACACCAGAUGAUUGAUAAUGGAGUUGAAUUGGAUAACAUCACUUAUUCCACCAUUAUAUCAUGUGCUAAGAAGUGCAACCUUUUCGACAAAGCUGUGCAUUGGUUUGAGAGGAUGUAUAAGACUGGUUUGAUGCCGGAUGAGGUAACUUACUCUGCUAUUUUAGAUGUUUAUGCUAGAUUAGGUAAAGUUGAAGAGGUUGUUAGUUUGUAUGAGAGAGGGAGAGCAACUGGGUGGAAGCCUGAUCCCAUCACAUUUUCUGUGUUGGGGAAGAUGUUUGGAGAGGCUGGGGAUUAUGAUGGUAUUAGAUAUGUUUUGCAAGAGAUGAAAUCUCUUGGAGUGCAGCCUAAUUUAGUUGUGUAUAAUACUUUGUUGGAAGCAAUGGGAAAGGCUGGGAAGCCAGGGUUUGCGAGGAGUCUGUUUGAAGAAAUGAUUGACUCAGGGAUAGCCCCGAAUGAGAAGACUCUAACAGCAGUAAUUAAGAUAUAUGGAAAGGCUAGAUGGUCUAGAGAUGCUCUAGAAUUGUGGAAACGGAUGAAGGAAAACGGUUGGCCUAUGGAUUUUAUUUUGUAUAAUACAUUAUUGAAUAUGUGUGCAGAUGUUGGAUUAGUGGAAGAAGCUGAAACUCUGUUCGGGGAUAUGAAACAGUCUGAGUAUUGCCAGCCAGAUAGUUGGAGUUACACGGCUAUGCUCAACAUAUAUGGAAGUCAAGGAGAUGUGGAUAAGGCAAUGAAAUUGUUUGAAGAGAUGUCUAAGCUUGGUAUUGAACUCAAUGUAAUGGGGUGUACUUGUUUGAUCCAGUGUUUGGGAAAGGCCAUGCAAAUUGAUGAUUUGGUAAGAGUUUUUGAUAUUUCAAUUGAGAGAGGAAUUAGGUCGGAUGAUAGGCUAUGCGGUUGCUUGCUAUCUGUUGUGUCUAUGUCUCAGGGUAGCAAGGAUGAGGAAAAAGUUCUUGCUUGUUUGCAACGAGCUAACCCAAAAUUAGUUGCUUUUAUUCAACUUAUUGUAGACGAGGAAACUAGUUUUGAGACCGUUAAGGAAGAGUUUAAGAGUAUCAUGACCAAUGCUGUGGUUGAGGUUAGAAGACCCUUCUGUAACUGUUUGAUUGACAUAUGUAGAAGCAAAGAUCUUCUAGAAAGAGCCCACGAGUUGCUCUACUUGGGGACUUUAUAUGGAUUUUAUCCGAGUUUGCACAACAAAACACGAGAUGAAUGGUGUUUAGACGUUCGAACAUUGUCAGUUGGGGCAGCUCUAACUGCUCUUGAAGAGUGGAUGUGGACACUGGCCAAAAUUAUUAAGAAGGAUGAGGCACUACCAGAGUUAUUCUUAGCACAAACUGGUACUGGUGCUCAUAAGUUUGCCCAAGGACUUAAUAUUUCUUUUGCCUCUCAUUUGAGAAAGUUGGCUGCUCCAUUUAGCCAGAGUGAAGAUCAAGUUGGUUGUUUUAUUGCAACUAGAGAGGAUUUAGUCUCGUGGGUGCAGCAAUCAAACUCUCCGUCAUCAUCUAUUGCAACAUAAAGAUGGUGGAAAAGUUCAAUCACAUUCACCUUUACCGCUAUAGCUAAACAGUGAUACUGGAGUCUAUUCUAUCACUUGAAAUGUCAACAUGUGAGGAGUUGAAGCCAUAGGAUAUGAGUAUAUUGUUUUCCCCGUUCAUUAGAAUGUAAACACUCCCUAAAAUUUAGUAUUCCUUUUUGUUUCUCUGUUCAUUUUGUCCUGCAUCUUUCUAGUUUGUUUGUUUAUUUAUUUAUUUAUAGAUUGCAUCUUUCAAGUUUUGAUACACAUGAAAAUAUAUGUGUUUAAUGAUAAAUAGUUGUAUUUAUUUUGCA